UAUGGAACCACAGAUAGCUUCUUCCUUUCUAUAAUGGCUUAUGACCACUAUGCGGCCAUUGCAAACCCCUUGUUGUAUAGAGUCAUUGUGACCCAAAAUGUCUGCAUGCAGGUGGUCCUUGGAUGUUAUGUAGCUGGGCUCAUUAAUUCCCUGACACACACAAUAGGUUUGCUUAGACUGGACUUCUGUGAGACAAACAUUGUGAAUUAUUACUUGUGUGACAUCCCUCCACUUUUGAAGUGCUCAUAUUCUGAUGCACAUACCAAUGAGAUGUUGCUCUUGAUCUUCUCUGGAGUGUUUGCAGUGUUCACUUUCAACAUCAUCAUGGUCCCUUAUAUCUGUGUCAUCAAUGCAAUCAUGAGAAUCUGCUCAGCUGAAGGAAGAUGCAAAACAUUCUCUACAUGUGUCUCACAUAUGACUGCUGUGUCUUUACUCUAUGGGUCUGGAACUUUUAGCUAUAUCCAGACAAGUUAUCAAUAUUCUCUGGAACAGAAGAUCUCUGCAGUGAUUUACACAUUGGUCAUUCCUAUGAUAAACUCACUGAUUUAUAACCUGAGGAAUAAGGAUGUGAAAGAAGCAGCAAAAAUUCAAUAA